AAAUUAAAGAUCCUAUUUAAAAAUUAGAACUUAGUUCUGCUGUUUCUCUUCGAUUCUCUUCUCUCGCCUCUCUCUCUCUCUUCUUCACUCGCAUCUCCCACUCUUAGAUCCGCCGCCGCUGCCUCCGGUCACCCCCGCCACGGUGCCACUCCCCGCUCUUAGCAGGCCUAGCCGCACGACACAGGUAGUCCGCGGCAGGCUUCAACCACACAUUCACGCUCGGCAGUCGGAUCCUCCCUCGUCGCCAACCCGCCACCCUUCGUCUUUAUUGUCGAUGCUCUGCGUUCAUUUCGCUGUCGUCACUGCUCCGCCGUUUGAUGCUCCAAUGUUCGUUGCUCUGUUCUAGCUCCUGCCCCCUUUGCCGUCGAUCUCCCCGCCGCGCUUCGAUCUCCGCCGUCUUCCCCGCCGUCCGCUCCGAUAUCCGCCGUUUUCCACGCCGCCUGCUUCGAUAUCCGCCGUCUAUCUCUGCAUCUUCUCUAGUUCAGCUCCCGCCCCCUUUGCCAUCGAUCUCCCCGCCGCGCGCUUCGAUCUCCGCCGUCUUCCCCGCCGCGCGCUUCGAUCUCCGCCGUCUUCCCCGCCGUCCGCUCCGAUAUCCGCCGUUUUCCCCAUCGCCCGCUCCGAUAUCCGCCGUCUAUCUCUGCAUCUUCUCCCCAUCGUCACCUUCAGUUGCUGCUGCCAUUGCUGGAACAAUGAUCUGAAGACCGAUCAUUCGGCCAACUAAAAGCUCUUACUGCUAGAAUACACAAUCUCUUACUGCUAGAAUACACAAUCGAUCAAGUAGCUUUCUCCUCUUCAAUUCAAGCCAGGUAUUCUUUUCCUUGAAUAUGACUUUUUUGUUUUUUGGCGAUGAAUCUUUUAGAUGGGAGAGAAGUAUAGCUUGGGAAAAUAUUAAACUUCAGUUUGGGACUGCAAUGUAGAGGCUAUAGUUGAGUGAUGUUGAAGAAAGGAGAGUUGAAAGGAGAGUAGAAACUCAUGACUUAAUUUCUCAUCUUUCCUCAUUCUUGUUUUGGUCUAGAAUCUCUGAAACUGAGACUAGAAGACAAUAAGAAUUUACAACGUUGAAUUAAUGAGCUAUUUCAUGAUCUUGCAUUCCACCAAUUGGAAUUUUCACAACUGGAAUUAAAAGAGACUAUUAAAUGUGUGGAACUGCUCUGUAAAUCGAAUUGUCUUGAACUGCGAACCUGUUGCAGGACUAAUUUAUGCUCCUGUGUUUAGAGAUAGAUCAGCUUGGAACUUAUUGUAGGGCUAGUUGAUUACAGAUGAAACACAACCUGAUAAUAAAGUCCAAAGUUAAGUAGAUUAAGUAAUAUCUAUUGUUGUUAUCUCCAAUUGAUUCUAUAAUGAUUAUAACUGAAAUGAGAAUCUCACCAUAAUGGGGAUUAGUUAGUGCUUUGGAAUUGUAAUUUUGUCACUGCCUUUAUUUCCUAAGAAGCUCUCUGUUGAUAAUAACUGCUUUCUUAUGCUCUUCCUUACUAUUAAAGCAGAAAAUGGGUGUCUCUAAAUGGAAUUGGUUAAGAUGAUCUCUAAGCAGUGGCUUGUGCUGUAUUAUCUAAUCGGUUCAUUUGCUGUAAUAUUAUAAAGAAAUUACAUCAACUCUCUUUUAGAAUAUUUAGUCUAUUGGUUUUUCUAGCAUCUUGCUGUUGUCCUAAUUAGGGAAAUGUAGCUCAUUAUGUUGGGGUUAAGUACUGUAACAGACUCCUAAUGUAUAGAUAAAUUCUUAUGUUAUAUUUUUAGAAUCUGCUUCUCAGCCAUUUCAA